CAAAGGUCCCUGGAAGCUUCCAUGUGAUGUCGGUGCCCGGGCUUUGGUCACUGCUGGCCGUUCAUCGUGAGGGGUCAGCGUGUAUCUUUGGAGAAAACCAUUCUCCAAUCAGAAUAGAGUCCUUAGUUUUUCAAAGUGAGGGAUGCAGGAGUGACCGCUUCUCGUCCUGCAGACUGAGGCCCGGGGCAUUACGAUGGCUUCUGGUCCAUAUGUAGCUGUGCGUCCAUAGCGUCAUUGCAGGUUAUCGAUUGCACGAGCCUGUCUCCUUGGCUGUGGAAUCUGUUAUUCUGACGCCCCAGUGAUGACGUGCUUGUGACAGACGGAGAGGCCUUGUUGGCUGUUUGUUCUCAAGGAGAUGCUGGCUAGCUUCAGGCUUAGGCACAGCCUGACACGAGUGACACUGAGCAUGGUCACAGGGUGCCCGGCAGCCAUGACUGCGGCACGUGGACCAGCCUGCACGGCCCAGCUGGGCACCCCUUGCCCUUGGCCUGCUGCCCUCGCUGAGACACGUGGGCCACACAGGCGGCAGGAGGGACAUUCCACCGGAGUGAGAGGCUCAGGGACUGUAAACCACACCGCCAGACCCUUCGUUCCUGAUGGUGCUGGGCUGGGAGGCGUCUGCAGGAGACACAGGGAGACGGGAGGCUCUGUCCUCCUCAGAUGGACUUUCUGGCCGAGACCAGCCUGUGGAGCUGCUGAACCCUGCCCGCGUGAACCACAUGCCCAGCACGGUGGAGGUGGCCUCAGCGCUGCCUUUGCAGGUGGCCCCGCCGGCCGUGCCCAUGGACCUGCGCCUGGACCACCAGUUCCCGCUGCCCGUGGCCGAGCCCGCCCUGCGCGAGCAGCAGCUGCAGCAGGAGCUCCUGGCGCUGAAGCAGAAGCAGCAGCUGCAGAGGCAGCUCCGUGACGACAAUAAGGACGUGAAGCCCCGUGCCACAGUCCUGUGUCCCCACAGCAGCCUGAGCAGACGGGCUCACUCCGAAAAGGAGGCAGGUGGAGUGCAGGGUUUGAGCGGAGUGGCGGUGGUCAGGGCCAGCUCCAACCUGGGCAGCCUGGCCUCAGCACGGGCCUCCAGCCACGCGCCAGAGCUCCGCCCCGAAGGCCGCCUGGAAGCCCACGUGGCCAACGAGGGAGGCGUGGGAAGUGCCUGCCUGCUUCCAAUAUCCCUGCGGUCCCCCCGCUCGUGUGUGGCCGGACCGGCCAGCCAGAGCUGGAGGCCGCAGACGGAUGCUCGCUGCCUGGCCCCGUGUCUGCAGGCUCGGCCAUCAGGACACUGCCAGGCAGCGGGGCUGGAGGCGGAGCAGCACCAGGCGGGCCGGCCAGGCCACGGAGCAGGCGCAGCCCGGGCAGCCCUGGGCCGGCGAGUUCUCAGCCCCUGGAGCGAGCUGAGGGCUGACAGCAGUGAGCACCAGCAGGAGCUGCUGGCCAUGAAGCACCAGCAGGAGCUGCUAGAGCAUCAGCAGAAGCUGGAGCGGCACCGCCAGGAGCAGGAGCUGGAGAAGCAGCACCGGGAGCAGAAGCUGCAGCAGCUCAAGAACAAGGAGAAAGGCAAAGAGAGUGCCGUGGCCAGCACAGAAGUGAAGAUGAAGUUGCAGGAGUUUGUCCUGAACAAAAAGAAGGCGCUGGCGCACCGGAGCCUGAACCACUGCAUCUCCAGCGACCCCCGCUACUGGUACGGGAAAACACAGCACAGCUCCCUGGACCAGAGCUCCCCGCCCCAGAGCGGGGUGUCGGCUUCCUACAACCACCCGAUCCUGGGCAUGUACGACGCCAAAGAUGACUUCCCUCUCAGAAAGACAGCUUCUGAACCCAACCUGAAAUUACGGUCUCGGCUAAAGCAGAAAGUGGCUGAGAGACGGAGCAGCCCCCUGCUGCGCAGGAAAGACGGGCCGGUGGUCACCGCUCUGAAGAAGCGUCCGUUGGAUGUCACAGACUCAGCCUGCAGCAGCGCCCCGGGCUCUGCGCCCAGCUCACCCAACAACAGCUCCGGGAGCGUCAGCGCGGAGAACGGGAUCACGCCCGCCAUCCCCAGCCUCCAGGCCGAGGCCAGCUUGGCGCACCGACUAGUGGCCCGAGAGGGCUCCAUGGCCCCGCUCCCCCUCUACACGUCACCAUCCUUGCCCAACAUCACGCUGGGACUGCCCGCCACCGGCCCUUCUGCUGGGGCGGCCGGCCAGCAGGACGCCGAGAGACUUGCCCUCCCGGGCCUCCAGCAGCGCAUCUCCCUGUUCCCUGGCUCCCACCUGGCUCCCUACCUGAGCACGGCGCCCCUCGAGCGGGACGGCGGGACGGCCCACAGCUCUCUGCUGCAGCACGUGGUCUUGUUGGAGCAGCCGCCUGCACAGACGCCCCUCGUCACAGGCCUGGGGGCGCUGCCCCUGCACGCGCAGCCCCUGGUGGGCGCAGACCGGCUGUCCCCAUCUGUGCACAAGCUGCGGCAGCACCGCCCGCUGGGACGCACGCAGUCGGCGCCCCUGCCUCAGAGCGCGCAGGCCCUGCAGCAGCUGGUGGUUCAGCAGCAGCACCAGCAGUUCCUGGAGAAGCACAAGCAGCAGUUCCAGCAGCAGCAGCUGCACAUGGGCAAGAUGAUCCCCAAGCCGAGCGAGCCCACCCGGCAGCCCGAGAGCCACCCCGAGGAGACAGAGGAGGAGCUCCGCGAGCACCAGGCCCUCCUGGAGGAGCCCUACCUGGACCGGCUGUCGGGGCAGAAGGAGGCGCAUGCGCAAGCCGGCGUGCAGGUGAAGCAAGAGCCCCUGGAGAGUGACGGCGAGGAGGCGGAGCCGCCGCGGGGGGCGGAGCCCGGGCAGCGCCAGCCCACCGAGCAGGAGCUGCUCUUCAGACAGCAAGCGCUCCUCCUGGAACAGCAGCGGAUCCACCAGCUGAGGAACUACCAGGCCUCCAUGGAGGCCGCCGGCAUCCCCGUGUCCUUCGGCGGCCACCGGCCUCUGUCCCGGGCACAGUCCUCUCCCGCCUCGGCCACCUUCCCCAUGUCUGUGCAGGAGCCGCCCAGCAAACCGAGGUUCACCACAGGCCUGGUAUACGACACGCUCAUGUUGAAGCACCAGUGCGCCUGCGGGAACACCAACAGCCACCCGGAGCACGCCGGCAGGAUCCAGAGCAUCUGGUCCCGGCUGCAGGAGACCGGCCUGCGCGGCAAAUGCGAGUGUAUCCGCGGACGGAAGGCCACCCUGGAGGAGCUGCAGACCGUGCACUCAGAGGCACACACCCUGCUCUACGGCACGAACCCCCUCAACAGGCAGAAACUGGACAGUAAGAAACUUCUAGGCUCGCUGACGUCCGUGUUUGUCAGGCUGCCCUGUGGUGGUGUCGGGGUGGACAGCGACACCAUCUGGAACGAGGUGCACUCGUCCGGGGCGGCGCGCCUGGCCGUGGGCUGCGUGGUGGAGCUCGUCUUCAAGGUCGCCACCGGGGAGCUGAAGAACGGCUUUGCUGUGGUCCGCCCUCCUGGACACCACGCGGAGGAGAGCACGCCCAUGGGCUUCUGCUACUUCAACUCCGUGGCCGUCGCCGCCAAGCUCCUACAGCAGAGGCUGAACGUGAGCAAGACGCUGAUCGUGGACUGGGAUGUGCACCACGGAAACGGGACCCAGCAGGCCUUCUACAGCGACCCAAGCGUCCUGUACAUCUCGCUGCACCGCUAUGACGACGGGAACUUCUUCCCGGGCAGCGGGGCGCCUGACGAGGUGGGCACAGGGCCGGGCGUGGGCUUCAACGUGAACAUGGCUUUCACCGGUGGCCUCGACCCCCCCAUGGGAGACGCUGAGUACUUGGCAGCCUUCAGAAUGGUCGUCAUGCCGAUUGCAAACGAGUUUGGCCCGGAUGUGGUGCUGGUGUCGUCAGGCUUUGACGCCGUGGAGGGCCACCCCACGCCGCUGGGCGGCUACAACCUCUCCGCCAAAUGUUUCGGGUACCUGACGAAGCAGCUGAUGGGCUUGGCAGGCGGACGGAUUGUUCUGGCCCUGGAGGGCGGCCACGACCUCACGGCCAUUUGCGACGCCUCAGAAGCAUGUGUUUCUGCUUUGCUGGGAGACGAGCUUGAUCCUCUCCCAGAAAAGGUUUUACAGCAGAGACCCAAUGCGAACGCCGUACGGUCCGUGGAGAAGGUCAUUGAAAUCCACAGUCAGUACUGGCGCUCCCUGCAGCGUCUGUCCUCCACGGCGGCCUACUCGCUGGUCGAGGCCCAGAAGUGCGAGAACGAAGAAGCUGAGACUGUCACAGCCAUGGCCUCACUGUCCGUGGGCGUGAAGCCGGCCGAGAAGAGGCCCGACGAGGAGCCGAUGGAGGAGGAGCCGCCCCUGUAGCCGGGCCGAGGCUGCGACUCUCUUGUUUGUUUGUCUCUGUCUUGAAGCUCCUCCAAGAAAAGCUCUGCUCCCCUGUGUCCUGCAGGCGUUCUCAGAGUCCGCAGGCACGGCAGGGGCCAUGCAGAGCGGGAAGCCCUCUGCCUGCCCAGACCCCGGGUGUCCCUGGCAGGGCAGCAUUCCACGGGACCCGGGACAGACGCCGGGAUGAGCAGACACGGACACGCACGAAGCCAGGCAGCUCCCGGCUCCCCGAGGGAAGCCCGAGGAAGGAGGCCUGUGACAGCUCGUGGCAGAGUUGCCCGACUUAGCUGACACGAGGAAAACAGAAUGAAAAUCAAAGAUCUAAUAAUAUAAAACCAACUUGAUUAAAACUGGUGCUUAAAGUUUGAUGAUUACCCACAAUUCCACAGUCUCCGUGUAAACCACUCAACUCAUCUUGUAGCUUACUUUUUUUAAAAAAGAACGUUUUCUAUGGCUCUGGCCUGCCUCUGUGUGUGCGGUAGGGGUUUGCGACUGGCUGGGGGUCAGAGUGGACGAGCGUUUAAGAAAACAAAACUGGACAAAAACAGAAACGUGAGUCUGCAGGAGCUGGCUUUGUUUUCUCAAAGCCACUGGAAGAUGCGAGUUUGUGCCUUUUUUUUAUUGCUCUGAUGGAUUUUUGUGGCUGGGUUUUCUGAAGUCUGAGGAACAAUGCCUUAAGAAAAAAAUAAACAGCAGGAAUUGGUGGGACGGUGUCCUGUGGCAGGUAGGGCCUGGCGGUGCCCCGGGCGCUGCAGACCUGCCACCCUUGUUUUGCUUUAUUGCUGUUUAAGAAAAGUGGAGGUAGUUCCCAAAAAGUGGCAAAUACUGUUGGGGGUUUUGAAGUCCCACAAAUUUUAAAGGAAUCCAAAGUGUUCUUUCCUCAUCCAUCAUAUAACAAUUGAGCAUCUCCGUUUGGUUGUGAAGCAUGGUCUCGGCACACUUUCAGUGUUACGAUCGGAAUGCUUUUUAUUAAAAGCAAGUAGCAUGAAGUAUUGCUUAAAUUUUAGGUAUAAAUAAAUAUAUAUGUAUAAUAUAUAUUCCAAUGUAUUCCGAGCUAAGAAACUUGAUUCUUAUGAAAUCUUGAUGAAAUAUUUAUAAUGCAUUUAUAGAAAAAAAAAGUAUAUAUAUAUAUAUAGAUAGAUAUAUAUAUAUAAUAAACGCCGAUUGUAAAGGUCCCUGGCGAAUGAACGCCUUGUGACUUAGAUACCAGGGUGCUUACGGGAAGGAUCGAGUCUGAAACUCCAGUGUUUUGGCUCCAGAUGAUGGAUUUCAGGUCACCAACACGUUCGCCACUGGCAGCUGCCCUGCAAGCUUGUCCUGUGAUCUUAAUCGCUUCUCACAGAACCCCUCCUGCUCCACGCCUCCGGGCACACAGGUACCUACUGAGUUUUAUAGCAAAGAAUAUAAAUUUGCUGUUGAUUUUUGUAUGAAUUUUUCACCAAAAGUUCCUGAAUACACAUUGUUUUGUGAUUUUUACAUUUUUUCUCACCGUUCAGCAGUUUCCUGAAUGGUAAUAAUGUCUAAACCUUUUUCCUUUCUAAAUUCUUGCUUGUACAUUUUUUUGACUUUCAAAGGUGUUUUUUUAUUUGCAUUUUGGUUGAUUUUCUAGCGUGAUCCCUUUUCUGUGGAGUACAGAACUGUUGCCAUCAGAGUUUAUUUCCAGAAAGUGGGCGUUGCGUGAGAAGCGGCUCAGAGGUCCCCUCGCAGUGGUGCGUCUUUCUGAGUCCUGUUGGGGGGCUGCAUCCAGAAGUGGGGGCCUCUCCCUCCCACACAGGUAGUGUCACAGGGGUGCUGUUUUCCCCACCGUGGCUGCUGUGGAGAGACUUGCUCAUGACGCUGAGCUGGGUGGACCCCAGGGCCGUCAUGAAACUGGCAUUUAAACUUCUCUGACCACGUGGUCAGGGUAGAAUUUAGCUUCGGUUUCCCAAAGACCUUUUUAGCAUGUCAGCGAUGCAUGACCUGGCGCUGGCUCCGGGCUUUUCCGCGGCAGCGCCACGGCCAGGGCCCGUGUCGCCUGGUGAGCUGCAGGGACACCCGACUCCCAACCGGGACGGCCGGUCCUGCUCUUUUUCUCUUUGACGGUCACUGAACGUCACUUUUUACUGGUAACUUAGUUCCCAGCACUUGAAGCCACCAAUUUCAUUCCACAGUGUGUGUCGCACCCGGACUUCUGGGAGGAGGGUCAGACACAUCGUGCCCCGGGGAGGGGACCCCGAGCCGCGUCUCUCAGCUUGGUGACGUUGACAGGGUGGGUUCUGAAGGAGACGCUGGCACAGCCGGACUUUUGUCCAGACAAGUCCGAACUCGGAUUGGCUUGGUUAUCAGGACGCUGUGGGUCACAACAUCCAGGACAGGGGUUAGAGAGCAGGACAGCAAGGCCUUGGGACAUGUUUGGCUUUCUCUUCCCUACCGGCCGCUCCGCUCUGAAGCCCAACGUGGCAGGAGGCGCCCGUGUGGGACCAUCUCUGUCCACCCCCCGCGCGGCUGUCCGGCCUCCCGGGCCCUUCUGUGGGGUCCUCAGGGACGCGCUCCUGCCUGCCCGCUUCCUGCCAGCUGUGGCUCUUGGGGAGGACCACUCGUCUGACACUUUUACAGAUGAUGGCAAGGCAUGGACCUCUUGGCGGCCCCGUUCUCACUGGGGGCUGACUUCUGACCUCAGAGUCAUGCUCUGCAGGCAGGCCUGGCUGGGGGGCGGGGGAGUGUGACCCGUGGUCCGCUCACUCCAGCUUCACAAACGUGCUUCAAGCAUUACCGUGUAGCCUUUUCUUUUCUUUGAAGACACACUCAGCACUUCCCCACGGCCAGCCGUCCAGGGCAGAGGGCAGAGGGCCUGCCCCGAGUGUGGGCAGGACCACCGCUUCAGGGAGGCCCCCUACCUCCCUCCUCGGUCCUCGGACCUUAUUUAGCCUUUUUCUUCCUUUGCAAAGGCCUUGGGGGCACAGGCCGGGGGUCAGCAAGUGAGCACUUUAUCCCUUUGCGGGAAACCCCCUGACGCCACCAGGACGCGUGGUGUCACCCCUGCCCGUUGGCUUUCUCGCCACGCCGCGUCCGAGCCCCACCAGCAGGCGGCCGUCUCGGGGCCGCGCCCGGGCCACUGGGAUUGGCAGCCCCUCCGGUUCUGAAGGGCACUUUGUUGAAGUGUUUCAGUUUUUCUUUCUUUCUCUUAAAACUCUGUUUCCAGAGGAAGGACCGUUCUGCAUCGGUCUGACGCGAAGCGCGAGGGGUUUUUGCAGCCCCGGCCUCGGGUCUGUGGUUUCUAACUUCCGGUCAGAACAUUCCUACCGGGUCACAGCCACGUCCUCAUUCCACUCUUCCUUUUGUAGACUUUCGGGCCCACGCGUUUUACGGGCAUUGAUACAUAUAUAAAUAUAUAGAUAAACAUAUAUGAAUAUAUUUUUUUAAGUUUCCUACACCUGGAGGUUGCAUGGACUGAACGCCCGGCAUGUCUUUCUGUUGUACACAGGUUUUGCACGCCAAACGGCAGCUCGGGGGAGGAGAAACGCCUUUUUGUUCCCCUCUCAUGACAUUUGCUGAUACAAAAAAAAAAUGGGAAUUUUUCUGUAAAACAAAACAAACCCUUGAAGGAGAGUGAGGGGGAAACGUUUGCGUCUUAUUGAACUCAUUCUUAAGAAAUUGUACUUUUUAUUGUAAGAAAAAUAAAAAGGACUCCUUAAACAUUUGUCAUAUUAAGAAAGCAGUUUAUCUAACACGUGUGACGCACCAAUACUAGAUUUAUUGUAUUUAUGUGGAAGCCGUGAUUUAGGGGAACCGCACAGACGUCAAGUGAACGGCCUGUCUCUUCAGUUGGUUUUGAGGAGUUUUGUUUUGUUUCCUUUGUUGCCUUUACCUCCUGUGCUGGCCGGUGGGCGGGCGGGCACGGCCCUGGCCCUGCCGACGUUCAGUCGCUGCAGUGGAGAAGCGGCGAGCCCCCUGUCCACACAGCGUGUUGACGUUUUAUUACUUUUAGACGACGUGUGUCUCAGAUUUCACGCUCAGCUAAGCCGUGGUGAACUGUGCGAGCACUGUGGUUUAAAAUCCUACUUUGCAUUGAGAGGAAACCAUUUCUUCCUUGUAAUGAAGCGGGCCUUGCUUCCGGCCCGCUCACUUUGUCUCUGACACCAUUAAAAGUCUCCUAUGAAAAGAAAAAGCAAGCGGACAGUGUGUUUGUUCCUUGCUGUGUGUGCUCCGUGCUGGAAGUGACACGCAUGUAACCUACAGCUGAGAGGGGGCCUGGCCUGUUCACCCAGGACCUCACUCCAGGUGGCGUGGGCAGGACCAAGCUGUGGCGUCGUCACCGCCUGCCCGGUGGCUGGCCACGCGGCCGGUGGGUCCCGCCGGCAGCACCCACCUGUUUCUGCUGUCAUUUAAUCAGCGCUCUGCUUGCCCGGCCCUUCCAGCGGCUCUCUGUUCCGGCCACUGGGGCGGGAGGCUCUGUUCUCAGUUUGCUCGUUUUGUGUCGUGUGGCUGGGUUUUCACCCGCUGGCAGCGUCCUCUGACAGCCAACGGCACUUGCGCUUCACAGGAGGCCAGGGUCGGUGUGCCUCGUCACACAGCGUGUCACUCGUGUGGUGUCAAUAAAGAGCACUCAUUGUU